AAUGAUUUACCCGUUAAAAUAAUUUAUAUCCGAAGCGUUCGCAUGAACAAAAAAAAUACUGAAUGAACUGCCUUAUGGCCUAAUUUGCAAAAACAGAACCAAAACGUAACCAAAUCGCUAGCAUUUGUUAAGGAAACGCAGGAAGGUUAGGAAACCGGUGCGCAUCCUCUUUCUGUAAUUGGCCAAAACGCCUCCAGAAGUGAUCAUAAACCAAUAUGAGUCUGACUGCGCUGCAGCAAGCGGUGCAGCUCAGUCCGCUGCCUCUCGGCGCCUAAACGCACAUCCACGGUGCUGCCGACACUAAUAAUGAUGAUUUAUAUGUGGAAAUUUUCCAGGGUCACUCCAACAGGCGUUGCCUGAUACGAAUGUGAAGUGCACACCGAAUUUAUUGCUUCAGCAGCUGCUGUGAGAUGUUCGGCAUUUGCAAUGGCAAGAGGUCUGUUUCCAUGGGGGUUCUUCAGAAAGCCUCUGUACAUCCAGAGCCCAUUAAACAGCAACCUCUGAGGGAUAGCUUUAUAAUCAUACAUAAUGGAUGAAUGGUGUGCACGCUGCAAAAACCAAGUGUCAGAACAGUGAUGUGGUGCUCGUGAUCAGCUUAAAUCUCCUCUCUGCUUCAACAGAUCAACAGCAGGCGAGGUUCUCGUACCUGCACAUGAAGUACCUGUUCUUCUCAUGGCUGGCAGUGUUCGUGGGGAGCUGGAUAGUCUAUGUGGAGUACUCAUCCUACACAGAGCUGUGUCGUGGGCACGAGUGCAAAAACUCAAUAUGUGACAAAUACAAAAAAGGAGUCAUUGAUGGCUCAGCCUGCAGCAGCUUGUGUGAGAAACAGACUCUUUACCUGGGAAAGUGCCUCACUGCCAACCCCAACAGCCAGGUUUACUCGGGGAGCUGGGGAGACCUAGAGGGUGUUAUUAAGUGCCAGAUGGAGGAGGCUCCUCAUUAUGAUUUGGGAGGUGAGCCCAGGAAAGAGACUUCUGCAGCCUUCAACAAACCAACCAAGGGAACCUCAGUGGAAAAGUUCAGAGAGAUGAUCACUGACCACCUAAAGGCCAAAGUGGGGGAUCAGGCAAACCUCGCUGACCUGGCAACUCAAGUAUUGUCCAUUGCAGAUGGCAAUAAGGACAGCCAUAUCUCACUGCCAGAGGCUCGCUCCACAUGGGCUUUGUUGCAGCUCAAUGAAUUCCUAUUGGCUUUAGUCCUGCAUGACAGAGAGCACACACCCAAGCUACUGGGCUUCUGUGGAGAUCUAUAUGUCACGGAGAAAGUACCACACUCUCCCUUGUAUGGGAUUAGUCUACCCUGGAUUAUCGAAAUGUGGAUCCCUGCCGGUCUGCGGCGCAGCAUGGACCAGUGGUUCACUCCAUCCUGGCCACACAAGGCCAAGAUCUCCAUUGGACUGCUGGAGCUGGUCGAGGAUAUUUUCCACGGCACUUUUGGAAGCUUCCUCAUGUGCGACGUGAGCGCCACCACUUUCGGUUACAACGACCGCCACGACUUGAAGGUGAUGGAUGCACGCCACAUCGUGCCUGAAGCCAUCUUCCAAGAAGUCAUCAGGCAGCAGCGCUGCGACGUGGACGAGGACUGUCUGUAUGGAGCCGACUGCCUAACUUCCUGUGACCUCACCAAGCAUCGCUGCACAACAGAGGUCACCAGGCCAAACUUAGCCAAAGCCUGUGACACACUCAAGGACUACAUUCUGAGGGGAGCGCCAUCUGAUAUGAGCGAGGAGCUCGAGAAGCAGCUGUACGCUUGCAUCGCACUGAAAGGUUCAGCAGAACAGAUGGAAAUUGAACACUCACUCAUUCUAAACAACCUCAAGACUUUGCUGUGGAAGAAAAUCUCUCACACGAAAGAUUCCUAAUAAGGAUUGCACAACGGCACAAUGACUGACGCUUGCCCUUUAAGUUUCUUAAUAAAGCGGACAAUCAUUUUCACCGUGGAAACUAAUAAUCCUGUGGUAUUCAAUGUUUAACAGAUGUAUUUUAAGUUGGCACUAUAGGUGUCAGCAAUGUCACCAAUAUUAAAUCAUGUACACAAACGGACUCCGUUAGGAUUAACUGCAGUAAACAGUGCAAUUUUUUUGAAACCAGGAUGAAGGUGAAUAAUAAAUUUGAUGUAAGAUCCUGCAUGUUCUUUUGGGUAGCUUGUGUACAAUAUGCUGACUGAGCCUAUGGGUGUAAUGAACAGUUUUUCAAGGCUUCCAGUGGAUAUCCAGUUCAACACUAUUUUUGGCAAAUCCCUGUUUUGCUCUUUUUGACCCACUUAGAGAGAUUAACUACACUCUUUACGAAAACAAAAGCUAUUUUUAAUAUUAAAAUAGUUUCAAGAGCCACGCAUUAUGGCAAAUGCCGUAGGAAAAAACCUCACAAGAUGACCAAUUCCUUUUCAAUAGCUUUAUUAGAACAAAUUUCUGCAUUUGGAACGGAGCAGACCAACGCCUUAAUCUGCAUCCUCCUGUUCCUGAGCCCGGAGGAAGCUGGCCUUCUUCUGGGCGACACGGUCUUUCCUCUGGGCCAGA